AUGCCCCGGGGCCCUGAGACAAGGUCUAGAUGGGGGUGUUUGAACUGCCGGAAAAGACGUAAAAAGUGCGACGAGGCUCGACCUGGGUGCCAGAUCUGCGUCGAACGUGGUGUUGAAUGCGUUUAUCCCGACUGGUCUAUGGUCAAAUAUGCACGAACUCGAGACCGCGUGCGAGAAUAUCAGAAUGCCAGCAACAACCCCACAUCUAGCUGGCCGGUGCUGCUUCCUGCAAAUCCCAGCAACACCGAGACGAAGUUUGUUUAUCAUUUCUCGACAAUCGUGGCUAGCUUGAUCUCAUUUUCUUUUCCUCAACCCGACAUCUCGAAUCCUUUUAUUCUUCAUGUUCUUCCACGAACUUCCGGCUCAACACAGGUCCAACGAGCCGUGGAAGCUGUUGCUGCGGCCCAUCUGUACCACUUGGGAGCAGAGACGCGCGACCGUGCGACUCAACUACAUUCACAAGCUUUGAGCCUCCUAGCCACUGAGCUUUCAUCGCCACAACUAGAUGGUACUGCGCGAGUCAAUCUGCUAGCCAGCAGUUUGUUAUUGAUUUACUACGAGAUUGUACUCGGCAACUCCGCAGAUAACGCAUGGUGUCAUCUCCAGGGGGCCAAAGUCUUGUUCGAAUACCAGGAUGAAACGGUCGACGGAUCGUGCCUCCUAUUUUUCCGAAAAGUCUUCCAGUAUUUCAAUGUCAUGCUUGCCCUGUCUCUUGGGAGACAACCCAUUGUUAUUUGCGACGUGCACGGCCCCGAGUUUACAGACAGAAUAGAUACUGUCUUCGGCUGUGCUGGUAGAUUAUGGCCUCUUAUGCACCGUCUAGCUGAUUUGAUCGGUCGAAUCCGACUCGGCGAAGAUGGAAGAGAGGAAGCCCAAUCUCUCAUAGGCAGCUUGCAGGUUUGGUCAAUAGAGUCAUCCCAAUCAUCCGACGCGUACAUGGAAGCCAUGGUGCAAAUCGCGAGGGCGUACAAAUUUUGCGGUAUCCUGAUGCUUCGCAUGAUAAUAACAUCUGCUGACCCAGAUCCGGACCAUGGUCUUCUGAAUUACCAGGAUCAAGAGCUAUAUCGUUCUGCCUUCGACAGUGUCCUUCGAGUCUGUGUGCUAUCAACACCCAUGGCUACUCUCACUUGGCCGCUGUAUAUUGUGGGUCGCCUCGCAGGGUCAACAAGCGACAGAACAGUCAUCAUGCAUAUAUUUUCACAAUUUCUCGACAAGCACCAGAUGAAGGUUGUCGAUGGGGCGAGAAAAGCUGUGUGGUCUUAUUGGGGAGAGGGCAUGCCGGAGAGGCGAAACUGGAAGUGUUUACCACCCGUGCUGUUGGGAUGA